CGAACAAAUCAAGUCUGGAGGUAUUUAAAGUGCGAGCUCCUCGUCACUCUCGCUUCGCUUCUUCUCCCUUCCCCUCGAUCUUCACCGCGAUCCCCGAUCACCGGAUCCGACGAUGCCCACCGGUGUCCUCUUAUCCCUCCCCUCGCCGUUCCUCGCCUCUCCGGCCGCCCGCUCGAGUCUCCAAUGCCGCCCUCCCCCUCUCGCCCCCGUCGCCCGCGGCGGUCCAGUCACCACCCCUGCCCUUAGGCUGCUUGGCCCUGCUCUACCCAUCACGGGCAUGCCGUCGAUGGUUAAGAAGGCAAACAAAAGGCUUGGUGGAGUGACAUGCUAUGCUGCGCCGCUUAGUCCGCAUACGGUUCAAUGGGUUUCUGCUGUCUCCAUCGCGGUACUAAUGUUCGCCAAAGGCACAGCAAUCCAUAAAUCCUUUCUUCUCCCGCUUUUCGCUUUGCAAGCACCUUCAAGUGUCAUUUCAUGGAUCAAGGGUGACUAUGGCACAUGGGUUGCAUUUUUGGCAUUUCUAGUCCGUCUUUUCUACUACAUUCCAGGCCAACUUGAGUUGCCUUUCUUUACAAUGUUGCUUGUCAUCGUGGCUCCUCAUCAGGCCAUGAACUUAAGAGAUACUCAAUCUGGUUCAAUCGUGUCCUUGGCAAUAGCAGCCUAUCUAGCCUUUCAGCACUUCUCCAAGGUUGGAAGCGUGAGAAGUGCUUUAGACAAAAGCUCCAUCGUAGCAACGUCAGCCAUCAUCUUCAUCACCAUCAUCCCUUGCUUGUUCCUGCUCUGAUCCUCCUCCGACAAGAAGCCGUCAAACAUAAUAAUCUGUGAGCCCGAGUCCACCACGUACUCAUCUUCCAUAGUUUUACCUCCUGUUGGCAUGUUAUCUAGAAAAGUUUCUACUGAAGCUUCCAUAUAUUCUAUAAUGAAUUUCUUAUGUAAAUCGUCAAAUUCGAUAUGGCCCUUCAUCACUAAUUCCUUAGUUUGGAUGGAUGAAUUCCAAAUAAA